CCUCAACUGCUGCAACAACCUCUCGCCUUUCCCCCGCGGUCAACCCUCCUACCUAAACAAACAUCAACUGUGCGAUAUACACCUCUCCACCAUGUCUGAGGUCACCUUCAUCAAAUCAUUCCUCUCCUCGCUGGACUCCCGUCCCAUCAAGCUCCCCGCCGACUAUGUCUUCGACCCCGAGCGAGUCGGACUCAAGGUCCCUUACCUCCUCCCUCGCCUCUCCGCCCCCCGCCCCGAAAUGCCCAAGAAAGUGAAAUCCGCCGCCGCCCCGGGAUCCUCGAAAUCGAUAAACGUGCACCUGAAGUCGGCGCGGAACCCCGCGCUCGAAUUCACCGUCUCGAACGCCCCGAUCUCCACGACCUCCGUCUCAGACUUGAAAGACGCCGUGCGCGAGCGCGUCGUCGAUGCGCAGAACGACAAGGUCGCGCUGGAUAAGAUCAAGAUCCUGUACAAGCGCAAGCCGGUGACGGGGAAGACGAUCGCGGAGCUGCUAGACGACGAGCCGGAGCUGCUGGCGGGUGGCAAGACGGUCGAGUUCGGGGUGAUGAUCAUGGGCGGGGCGAAGGCCGUGGAAGAGGGUGAGAAGGGAGCGGCCGCUGGCUCGUCUUCGUCUCCGAAGGCGGCGAUUGGGCCGAGUGGGGAGGUUCUGUUGGAGACGGAGGCGUUCUGGAAUGAUCUGGAGGGAUAUUUGGAGCAGAGGUUGAAGGAUGUUGAGGAGGCGCAGAAGCUGACGACGUUGUUCAAGGGCGCUUGGACGGCGAGUCGGGGAUAAGUUCUUGGUGCGGUGGUUUGUACGUGAUACCUUUUUUUCCCCUUUGAGAUGUCCGAUGUCUCCUAGUAAAGAAACAUGCCAACUCUAGCUUGUAUCUACGUGAAUGAAAUUUGAGCUGAUACAUGCAUGCAAG